GCACUCACUUCCUGAAGAAUAAAAAUACACUCCUAGUAGCAAGUCUGCUAGACGAGUUGUGGGGGGAAAAAAAGUUAUGUGUGGCUGUCAAGUGGAUAGAGAAAGACUGUUUCGAAAAAAUGGACGCUAUCCCUCGGAUUUCAGUUCAUGAGUGGUAGAAAAUAUGCUCGUGAAUGCCGAGCCGGCUCUGGUGACAAGUCAACUGCGAAGGUAAGUUACUAGCUGGCCCUAGCUAGUAAUGUCUCUAACUUUACCAUCCGCCGAAAUGCUUGAAACACCGCCAGGAUACCCGUUUGAAGAAAUCAAUUAUGAGGACAUUGAAGUCGAGGAGGUGGUGGGGAGAGGAGCUUUUGGGGUCGUUUGCAAAGCCAAAUGGAAAGGCAAGGAUGUUGCAAUCAAGACAAUUGAGAGCGAAUCGGAGAGGAAAGCCUUCAUCGUUGAGCUCCGACAGCUUUCACGUGUGAAUCACCCCAACAUUGUGAAGUUGUAUGGCUCAUGCAACAAUCCUGUUUGCCUUGUGAUGGAAUAUGCUGAAGGUGGAUCCUUGUACAAUGUUCUGCAUGGUGCUGAACCCCUCCCCUAUUACACUGCCUCCCAUGCCAUGAGCUGGUGUUUUCAGUGUUCCCAGGGCGUGGCCUAUCUCCAUGGCAUGAAACCAAAGGCUCUCAUUCACAGGGACCUCAAGCCACCCAAUUUGCUUCUAGUGGCAGGAGGCACUGUGCUGAAGAUAUGUGACUUUGGAACAGCAUGUGACAUUCAGACACACAUGACCAACAACAAGGGAAGUGCAGCAUGGAUGGCACCAGAAGUAUUUGAAGGCAGCAAUUACAGCGAGAAAUGUGACGUGUUCAGCUGGGGGAUCAUUCUCUGGGAGGUGAUCACUCGCAGAAAGCCCUUUGAUGAAAUUGGAGGACCAGCUUUCCGCAUUAUGUGGGCUGUGCACAAUGGUACAAGACCCCCUUUGAUCAAGAAUUUGCCCAAGCCCAUUGAGAGUCUUAUGACUCGCUGCUGGUCUAAAGACCCCUCUCAGCGGCCUUCCAUGGAGGAGAUAGUGAAAAUCAUGACUCAUCUAAUGAAGUACUUUCCAGGAUCUGAUGAACCCCUGCAGUAUCCAUACCAGUAUUCAGAUGACGGACAGAGCAACUCUGCAACCAGUACAGGUUCUUAUGUGGACUACACUGGCACCAAUACAAGCAACAAAAGUGAUGCGAACAUGGAGCACAGUGAUUCUCAAGGGAGCAAUGACACAAUCAAGAUUACACCUCAGUUUCCACCUCACUUCAAGCCAAAGGGUGACCCGUUAAGGACUCUGCCUCUGUCCAGAGGAGGCAGCGUUGAGAGUCUGCCUGCACGAACACAAUGCCCGGCCUCCUCUGACAGCAAAAGAAUGAGCGCUGACCUGUCUGAGCUGGAGACCAAGUUGCCGUUUGCACCUCCAGCACGUCCCCAACAUAAGCGAGGCCAUCGUAAAACUGCAUCAUUCGGAACCAUUCUGGAUGUCCCCAAGAUCGUCAUCACAGCCACUUGCGACCCUCAGAGACGACGGUCUGUUCAGGAUCUAUCAGGGAUUGGUACAGAACCUAGCCAGGGGAGCAGGAACAGCAGCCGGUCCUCCAGUCCUAGUGUGAGGAUGAUGCCCCCUGAUAAGACUGGCAGAGGUUAUUUCUCUCCCGAUGACCCCACAGACACAAAUGGGUCAGACAACUCCAUUCCCAUGGCUUAUCUCACCCUGGAUCACCAGCUGCAGCCCCUCGCACCCUGUCCCAACUCCAAAGAGUCCAUGGCCGUGUUUGAGCAACACUGUAAGAUGGCCCAAGAGUACCUGAAAGUGCAAACAGAGAUCGCCCUGCUCAUCCAAAGGAAGAAGGAGCUUAUUGCCGAACUGGACCAAGACGAGAAGGACCAGCAGAACACGUCCCGUCUGGUUCAGGAGCACAAAAAGCUGCUGGAGGAGAACAAGAGCCUCUCCACGUACUAUCAGAAGUGCAAAAAACAGCUGGAGCUGAUCCGGGUGCAGCAACAGAAGAGACAGGGAACGUCAUGAUGAGACAUGAAAACUGCUCCCCUCCUCCCCUUUCUCCUCACCCAUGCCUAACCCCUGUACAGUAACACUACCCUCUCUUGCUCUGCACACACAUACUGCUCCCAGCCCAGCUUUGUAAAGAGACCUGCACUCUACUGUGUCCUGCAUGUUGCACCGUAGACCCAGCAGGAAGACUUCUGUCCUCUCUACUUACAUUUGCACAUCCUCACAGUGUCUUCUGUGAACCCAGACCAAACAAUCACUGCUCCCUCAUCCUAAUGAGCCCAGGAGCUGCCUCCGCGCUUUCAGGGUGUCCGGGGAUAAGUGACGUCCUCCGAGUGUGGGCUGUGUGUUUGUCCGCGUUUGCUCUCAGGGGCUCUGGGCGGUGUGUGUUUGCACUCCUCAGCAGCUGACAGCCACGCCAUCCUCCUCAGAAUGUGAAAACCACGGCGGGGGCUGUUUCAGCUUCAAGUGUGAGCUGUAUGCAGAGUUGUAGAAGCAGUGAGGAUGUUCAAAGCCUGUUCUGCAGUUCAUGCGUGGAAUCCCCCUUAGGCAAAACAGACCUCCCCUUUUAAUUUGACGUACUGAUCUCUUACGUCUUCAUUUUCUAAUCCUGAGCAUGAGCCCUUCCACAGUCCACGGGUCAGAUGGGAGAAGGAAGAGCUUGGAGUUUCUGCUCAUAUUUUUCUCAUGCUCUUAAAAACACUCUGAGCUUCCAAAGCAAACACCAGGAGCCAUGGAUCCCCUUUUCAUUUGAGUUCAGUAUUGUUUUUGCGUGUCAAUAUUUUUGUCUUUUCUAUUCUAUAGUUCACUUUGUAUGGUAGCUCUUGUGUAAUUUUUGCAUUAGGACUUCUUUUAUCUGGUCUGGGAAUGUCAUUAAGGAUGAAAUAGAGGAGCCUACACCUCCCUAUACAGUAUCUAGUUUGUUUUUAGUUCACAUGUUGCCUUAGGAGUUGCCUGCAUUUUAAGUGCUUGUUUUAUGUUACAUCUAGUAAUGAUAAAAGCUAAAAAAUAAAACAAAAAAAGAACAUAUAUUUUAAAUGUACUGGACAUUAUUGAAAUGGUUUCUGAAGAGGAGAGAUGUGCGUUAGUGAGCUGAUUAUGUAAAAAAAAAAAUUCCCAGCAGCUUUAUGACGUGAGACUAUGACAUGUAAUUUCUUUUCUUUUUUUUUCUUGGCGUUUCAUUUCCCUCAAGUAUUUUUGCACAAUCACUUUGUUAAUUCUGGUGAUACACAAAUUCUGCCUCUCAUUGAGAUUCUGUUUUAGAAAUGGAAGACUUGACGAGUCUUACUUUUAAAAUCCCCAUUUUGAGUUUGAUUUACCACACACACACCACUGAUUGUAGUUGGAGAUGUUCCCUAAACGAUCAGGACUGGAGGUACAGUAUAUGACAGUGAGCGAGGCAUUAUGAAAUAAAUGGAACUGGUGAAAA